AGCACCCUCCUGCAGGUCAGUGCAGACACUGUUGCUGUGAUUUCUGUCACUCAAAGACACAAACCCAGCUGAUACAGAGUCCAGUCAUGUAUGUCAAGUCUAUACUGUGGAUCCUGCUCUUCUUCUUUGUUCAGGAGGUGUCCCUGCUGGAGGUAGAGUAUAAUUAUGAAGAUGAGAUAUACGACGAGCCACAGCCUCUGAACUGUUCGACUACAGAGAGCAUCAAAGAUGGACAUGUCACAUACUCACAGGGGGGGCUGGAGGGCAGUGUGCUGACCUAUCACUGUGGCCCGGGGAAAUACCCUUUCCCCAUCAGCCACAGGUCCUGUGGUGCGGAUGGGGAGUGGUCGCUCAUGAGAUUAUCCGAUGGCAGACCGUUGUCACGGGCCACAUGCAAAGAUGUGAUGUGUCCAGCUCAGCUCCAGCUGGAUAAUGGUGAGUUCUGGCCCAGGGAUCAGUGGUUCCGUGUUGGGAUAACGCAGAGCUUCUCCUGCAUGGAAGGGUUCACUCUGUACGGGUCAGCUGAGAGGAACUGCACCGUCACUGGAGAGUGGACAGGAACCACUCCUGUCUGUGACAACCAUGCUGACGACUGUAAUGACCCAGGCGUCCCACCGGGGGCCCAGCGGUCAGGCCGGUUUCACACUGGAGAGAAGGUGGUCUAUCGGUGUCAGGCUGGUCUCACUCUGCUCGGGUCGGCUGAAAGGGUUUGCCUGGAGAACACGGAGUGGAGUGGCUCAACACCUCGGUGCCAAGGCCUGAAUACCUUUGACUCCCCCAGCGCUGUGGCCGAGGCCAUGGCAGGGUCGCUUGCAGGAGUCAUGGAUGUGGUCUCACCAGACUCCAAAAAGAAAACUGCAAGGAUGUCCUUUGCCCGAACCGUCCGCGUGGCUCAAGGCAGUCGUAUGAACGUCUUCAUUUUACUGGACACAUCAGGAAGCAUCACAAAGGAGGAGUUUGAAUUAUCUAGGGGUGCCACCAUUGCUCUUAUCAGAAAGUUGGACAGCUACGAGGUGCAGAUCAAGUUCCACGUGUUGUCAUUUGCCAGUGAAGCUAUAGACAUUGUGGACAUCAGAGACACAGAUAUAAGUAGUAGCACUGAGGACGUCAUACAUUAUCUGAUGGAGUUUGACUACCAUAGCCAUGGGAGUAAGACGGGCACCAAUUUGCACGCGGCGCUGCACCGUGUCAAUGAGAUGAUCAGCUUGUUAAAGGAAAAACGUGUCGACAACCAUUUUCAUGAGACUCAGAACAUCAUCAUCAUACAAACAGACGGUUACUCCAACACAGGCAUCAAUCCUCAGAGAGCUCUGGCCCAGAUCAGGCAUGUGCUCGGCUACAGCACAACAGCCCACGAUCACACUGAGGAGGCAAUGCUAGAUGUCUAUGUAUUUGGUGUUGGGGAGCGAGUGAACAAAGAUCAGCUGAACUCUUUAGCCUCAAAGAAACGUGACGAGCAUCACGUCUUCAUUCUGGAAAGCUAUGAAACACUGGGAAAGGUGUUCAACAGCAUCAUUAGUGACAAGAGUGUGACGAUGUGUGGAGUAGCUCAGGAACACGUCUUCAGCGAACAGGUGAAAGGUGAGGUAACAGUCUACACCAAGCCCUGGCACGUCAUUCUGACAGCACCUGAAUGGGGGCGUGACAAGUGGUGUUCUGGAUCCAUUGUGAGCCAGAACUGGGUGCUGACAGCUGCUCACUGCUUUGCCAAAGCCAGCACAGACAGAGUCUCUUCCCAAGUGGACAUAGAACACGGUGAUGGCACAGUGAAGUCCAGCAAGGUGAUCAUGCACCCCAAUUAUAACAUCAAGGCACUGAGACACAGAAAUGUAUCUGAGUUCUAUGACUAUGAUGUAGCUCUGGUGCAGGUGAACAAGAGUAUCCCGCUCUCCUGGAAGGCCAGACCCAUCUGCUUGCCAUGUACCGUACCAGCCAGCCGAGCCAUGAAAAAGAUCAACUCUACCUGUCAGCAGCACAGGGAGGAACUACUACCAAAGGAGGAGACUGCUGCCUUUUUCAUCCAUAAGAAAACAGAACGAAAAGAAACACAUUUUCACACAAAGAGUCAGAGGCCUGCCUGUGUGGAGAAGGCAAAGCUAACACUUAAAAUGCCCACCGAUGUGACCUUGGACGAGUAUGUACCUGACAGAUUCCUCUGCUCCGGGGGCACCUCCGGAUAUGAGGACGCAAUCACCUGCAAAGGUGACUCUGGUGGAUCCAUGUUUCUGCAAAAAAGAAAUCGCUACUUUCAGGUGGCCGUAGUAAGCUGGGGCACCAUAGACAUAUGUGACCUACUCAACCCAGCUAUGAGAGCGCGCAAGAGGAACAAGCCGUCUCCUGAUGCGCGAGACUUUCACAUCGACCUCUUCGAGAUAAUGCCGUGGCUGAAACAGCAUCUGGGUGAGCAGAUCCAGUUCCUGCCUGAGAUCAACUGAGUUGAUCCAGAAUCAGUCUGUGCAGGUCUACUCGGACUAAGCCAUAAUAACGCAAUUCAGAAUUCCACAGCUCUUGUGAAUUGAUGACUUAUUUUUCCACGACAUGAGGGAAUAAUCAUAACAAAUCUCAGAUAGUAAUAUCAAGUGUUUUUCUAAUCCUUUAUUGUCUAAAUGAAUACCAAUGAUUUCUAAAGCUGCGACGCAGUAAUCUUACGUGUAAAGGAAGACUUUAUUGUUAACAAAUCCUAAAUAACAUAUAAAAGGUAAUUCUGCUUGA